GUGAAACAGCCGGUGUGUGUUGCCUCCCUCUACUGCGGCGUGUGGGACGCCGCAGUGGAGAACUACACGGAGCUUAAGGCGCUCCUCACGCUCAUGCGCUCCAACUGUGAGGCGUACAACGGCGUCGGCAGCCGGCUUGCUGCGGAGUGCCGGGAGCUUGUGCGUGUCGGCUACCGCGCGGCGAGAGACGCGCAGACGGACGAGGAGCGGGAUGAGGCGGAGGAGGGUGGACUCGUCAUUCCCCCAGCGCUGCUGCUGGACCUCGGCGCCGGCGGCGGCGGCAUCGGUGCUGCUGCUGCCGCCGGCGGGGGGUGCAGGAUGCUCGCGCCGCUAUCGG